AUGACCUUGGGAGGGAUGAGGAGGUUGCUCUUUCAAGGCUUGAAAAGAUCGGACAUUCCCCAACAUGUCUCUGACCUUCAACUACAAAGAUUUACAUUUCUCAACUAUGCUAGGAACUACUGGUCUCUCCAUCUGACGAAAUUGGAUCUAAUUGAGGUCUAUGGAAGUGAGGUCUGGAGACUGUUCCAUCAUUGCAUUGAAAGUGACGAUACUCCCUCAGUUAGGCUAUGGGGCUUAACCACAGAGGAUCUCGCUAACCAAAACUGUGAAUUCAAAUUGGUUCGCUGGAUUUCGAGAAAUGGCCAUGUUCCCUUAUUGCAACAUUAUCUAAGAGAACAACACUGCUUUUCUUUGAAGGCAAUCUGUACACUUUUUGAGAGAAUUGAGAAAACCGACUUCUAUCGCCUCACAGAUGCUAUUCUUUCUGGAAUUGGGGAGUUUGUGGACCCUGAUUACAGCACCCAAGUUCUUGAAAAAGUGCUGUACUAUGCUGUCGACGCUGACUGUGAGCGUUCUGUCGAUCUGUCGCUUGGAUUUAUUACAGCCAAUCUGAAGGCCAUUCACCUCAGCAGAUCCAAGACAAGUUUGCUCAAUUAUGCACUCUUGGUAGCAGUCAAAAAUAAUCAGCUUGACGUGAUGGAUAUUUUGCUUUCAUCCGGUACUGAUGUAAACGGAACCCAGGAUGACUCGCAAAAAACCUCCGAAUACUACACACCCCUAUAUAUUGCAACAGAUCAUGGUCUUGUCCAAGCCGUACAGAAUCUGCUUUCCAACGGUGCAGAUGUCAAUCGACGUUCGGUUGUUGAUCUCAGAUUUUCCCCACGCCAACACGGAUAUAAAUUCCAACACACAAGCAAAUUCCAAUAUAUUGACACCAUGGAGUUGCCUCCACUUCAUGUAGCAAUAUUGAAUCGAGAUUAUAUGAUCGUUGAUGCACUUCUGGCUGCCGGGGCAGAUGUUGAUACCUGGGCGGAUGUUCAUGAUGCCGAUUCAACUAUUUUAGCGAGGAUUAGCGAUAUGGGGUAUAAUCCUUAUGGGUACUCCGGACCAAGGGCAAUUCAUGUAGCUGCAGGAAACCAUGAUUUUGAUAUGAUUGCCAGGCUUGUGAUUGCUGGCGCAGAUGUGAACACCAUCCUGGAACACUCUUCUCAAGAUGAAAGAACAGCCCUUCACUUUCUCAUGAGAAAUGACUCGUUGAGCCGUCUAGCUAUAAUAAGGCAAGAGCAAAUCCGCGUACCUUCAACACUUGACGGCCUACGGGCUUUGCGUCUUUUGAUUCAAAAUGGCGCAAAUGUUCACCUUCCUUCGGUGAGAGGGUUGACUGCACUUCACAUGGCUACCGAAGGAGAACGCCUCGAUCUGAUGAACGCGCUGCUAUAUGCAGGUGCAAAGGCCAAUCCCGUUUCUGCUUCGGAUAAGAUCCCAACUCCCCUUGAUGUGGCUGCGGAGAAUGGGUACCUGCCAGGUAUGAAGUUACUCUUGGCAAGAGACGGCUCUCUCCGUGUCAACCAGACAAAAGAAGCGGAAGCAGCACUUGCAAGGGCAAGAGAGUAUAGUUAUUCGGUAAAAGAUCAUUUAUUGUUGGCUGCCGGUGCUAAUGACUGGACAUUCGAGAAUCUCACCGGUUCGGGGCUUGGACACUACUUUGAGGAUGAUGUUCGCAUCUCUCAACUUUAA